AUGUCGCUUCCUUAUUCCAUCCCUUCAGCCCUGAUGACUGCAGAGGACGAGGAUAGCCACUUCGACUCCUUUGGUCAGCAGAAGCAACCUCAACAGCAACACCAGCAGCAGCAGCAACAACAACGGCAGCCGCAGCAGCAGCAACAACAACAGCAACAGCAACGGGAACGGCGAGGGCGGACAGAUACCGCCGCUUUCUUAACCAUGGAAGAGGUAAACAGCGCCCACUUUCAGUUCGCGGAGGCCUCGACAGCAGAAGGCAAUAGCGAUGCCUCAAACUGGGCCUUUACUGAUGAGGAUGUGGCUCAAGCAGCAGAAUGUCUUGCAGCAGAUAGAGAGAAAGAUAGCCAGCAGCAGGAGGAGCAGCGAUUCUUGAGGAAGAAGUCAUCAAAAGAGGCGGCAGCAACGUUGAAGGCCACUUCAGCGGCUCAUUUCCUAGUGAAGGUGCAGGCAUUCAUGUCCCGCAUUUUUUCCUUUAAAUCGAAAUCUCUCCCGAGUGUAAACAAGCAAGUGGAUGAAGAAGGAGCAAUAAAACCAGAGAAGCAACAUGACGUUGUCAUGGCGUUUCACCAAAGGGGGCAGGCUUCAGAGCUGCUGCAAUACCACUUCACGAUUUUGCUGUUGGCCGUGGCAGUCUCGCUGGGGACGCAGAACGCGUUGGCUCCAAAUUUAUCACGCAUAGCGGAGACGUUUCACUUCACAGAUGCAGAAAGAGACAUUAGAGUCGGCGGGGAGCUCGCGUAG